GUUACAUUCAAGAAGACAAAACGGAUACAUGUUCACAAAUGUUCAAUAGCUAUUCUCGGUGAGGGAAAUGUGACAGUAACUGGUGAAUUGUUUUGAAUGCAACUCACAUUAGACGAAGGAGUUGUCCUUUCUCAACAGCAUCAAUUUUACGAACACCUCAGACAAGAAAGAGUAUAAACAUAGAUGUGAAAUCUGCUACGCGUAACGUUCAUUUUAUGCAAAAUGCAAGCUUUUUUUCAAAACAGUUUAGAAUAACUUUACAAUGCGGGAAUUGCUCUGAGCUAUAAUUAUCUACGGAUGAACCUGGUGCCUGUCGGCUGAGAUUCAUUUACAAUCCGCGGUGAGACUGACGAGGCGGGACCGCCGACAGGAUGGUAGAGCGGUCGGACCGAGCCCCUCUGCUGGACUGGGAGGAGGUUCCGUCCGCGGAGAAGCCCGGCGAAGCGGCACCGGCGGCGGCACACGCCAAGGACAGACUGGCGAGCCCCUCCAACAGUCGUGCCUCACCAGGAUGCUCCGCGCCGGGGUUUGGGUGGAGCAGCGGUCCAGGGGGUCCCUCUCCCUGCAGGUCUGUCUCCAACGCAGACGGCUGCGGCGCCCCACCCGCGACCUCCAGCACCCCGGCGGGCCAGAAUGAAGCGCCGUGUCCCGACAGCGAGGAGCAUCUCUCGGAUUCGGGAUCGAGGGAGGUGUCGCUGGACGACAGGAUGGUGAAAUGGGAGGAAAAGGACCAGAUUAUGUCGGUCUUUGUGGUCACAUUCAAUACCAGAUCAGGAAACAUGCUGGAGUGGUGUCUGCCCAAAGACAUGGAUCUGGAGGGAGUGGAGUUCAAAGCCAUCGCCAGCGGCUCCCACCGAGUCACCACAGACUUCAUCUACUUCCGGAAGGGCUGCUACUUUGGCCUCGCCUGUUUUGCCAACAUGCCAGUCGAGAGCACGGUGGAGAGGGGGGCGAGGAUGAAGUCGGUAGGGAUCCUCUCUCCUUCCUACACCCUGCUCUACCGCUACAUGAGCUUCCUGGAGCACCAGGUUCGGCUCCAGCUUCAGUCCCCAGGCCACUACUCUCCCCUGGAGGCCUUCUAUGAGGACAAGAGAGCACUUCUGCCCCCCAGUGGUGAUGGUGUCAUUACUACAUGUCCAGCCAAUGCCUGGGGAGCUGCAAUCAACCACAGCAUGCACCCUGAGAUGAAGAUCACCCACCCUGCAGGCUGUAUGUCCCAGUUCAUCCGCUUCUUCGGGGAGCAGAUCAUGGUGCUCUGGAAACUGGCUCUCCUACGCAGACGCAUCCUCAUCUUCUCCCCUCCACCAGUGGGCGUGGUCUGCUACAGAGUGUACUGCUGCUGUUGCCUGGCAAACAUCUCCAUACCCGGCAUCGGCAUCACUGUGCCCGAGUUCCGCCCCUUCUUCUAUGUUAAUGUGGCCGAUAUCAGUGCCCUGGAGAACGAGCUCUCCUACGUAGCAUGUACUACUGAGAAGAUCUUUGAGGAGAAGAAGGAUCUGUAUGAUGUGUAUGUAGACAAUCAGAAUGUAAAGACCUGCAGAGACGGCCUGAAGCCUCUGCUCCGCCUCAGCACCGCAGACAGGGAGAAAUAUCGCAAACUCACCGAGCAGAGGCAGAUGUUGCUAUACUCCCAGGAGGAGAAUGGAGACUGUGUGUCCAGUGAAGAGGAUCUCUUUAUUCUGUUUUUCUUGGAGCAGAACAACAGGAUUUUCCAGACCCUCAGUGAGGUGGCCGGGAGCCCAGAUCCCACACUGACCCAGGAGACUGUGAGGGCCAUGGGUCUGGAUCCCCAUGGAGACAGGCUGUUCCUGCUCCACCUGAUGGAGAUCUAUGGCUAUGACACCCUGCUUGUCUCAGAGCAGCUGUGCUGCAGUUGAGACAUCAGAUGACCAUCUUUCCGCCUUUCAUCACUGCUGGUUUUAAAAGGGGGUUGAUUUGCAUUGAUUGAACUGUGAGUGCUGCACUACUGGCUUCUUGGAGUCUUCAGGACAGUUUGGGCCUGCAGAAAUUUCUCUGGUAUAACUUGUUGUAUGCCUUCCGGGGCGUCUUUUGUUAAAUGUGGUUUCUUCUCGCUCACAACCUGAUGGAAAGAGCAACACUACCAACUCUCACGUAUAAUAGCCAAGAGUGAUGCGGUCAAUUCUAUUACUUAAUACAGCCUCAUAGAGACAAACUCACCGUUAAGAUGGAUUACUGACCCUUGGCUGACUGAAAGUGAUUUUCUGAAUCAGAUACAGCUGCAGUAUUUCAACAAUGAGCCGUGUAUGAAUGCCAUGGAUGGCAGGUCCAAACCCAAGAUGAUAAGAACUCUAAAGUGGCCUGAACUGUACUCACACAUCAAGUUGAAUGACAGGUCAAGAAACUUCUUCCAAGAAGCCAGUGAUAUGGAGAUUUUUAGUGAAAGAAAGUAUACUUAGGAUUAAUGUAUGAAAGUGAAAAAGAGAGGUAGCCUUCCUGUAAAUAAUACUGUUUUUUCCCCUCUUAUGUACAGUGUGUCAGCAUAUGUGUGAUAUGAGGUCCGCCUCUCUGCCAGUGUUGCUAUCUUUGGAUCAAGUACUGGAUUUAAACAUCUCAUUUUGAGUCAGGGCCUCCUCUCUGGAAAUCUAACUUAUGUCAUUAUAAGCUGGUCAAACCACCUUUGUUUUCAGGAGCCAUGUCUGUAAGCACUGCUUUUUAAGUGGAACUUAAUGCGACAAAUGACGUUUGCCAUGUAAUGUUUAGACUAAUGAUGUCCCAACAGACAAGCGUAGUGUCCACUUUGACAUGGAGGCAAUAUAAAAUGGCUUAUUUCACCCUGGCUGUCAGCUGGGCCUGCAGUUUAGAUGAAUAAGUUGAAACACAAAGAGUACUGUUGUAGUCUUUAAUGCUUUAUUCAAAUGUCCAGUUGUAUUUGCAGCUCUAGUGUCAAGACAGGCCUUCAGGGGGUGAGUUCACAUUGAGGAUUCUCUCAAUUCAGAGACAAUGAGCAAAUGUUUUUUUUUUUUUUAAAAACAGCUACCAUCUGCAAAAUAGAUAAUAGAGAAUCGGUUUAGUAAAUGUUAAGAUCUGUACAUUUCAAAUCACACUAUAGCAGUAUAUACUUUCGGCUACAUCAACAGCAAAACAGAGAAGUUAAUUAGCAUUCUCUUCUUGACACAUACUAAACUAACCCUGAGCUUUGGUAACUCCAUGGGCUUUGUGCCCAAUACAAGAUGUACUCCUACAAAAAGCUAAAGGUUAUUAUUCAGA